AUGAAUGAGUUGCAAUGGGCUGAGGCAUGGGAACACGCUGAGACAGCCGUGCAGGCAGAUAACCAGCUGCGUGUCUGGUGGUUCAACCAGUCAGACUUGCAGACAGGCCUGCUGUAUGAGUGUGAAACUGGCGAGGUCAAGUUGAAGCAUCCUGUUGGUUUGAUUCAAAUGGCGGAUACCCCGCAUGUAAUGCCCUGCAAGGACUUGCCCCAAGAGCAGCAAGACUGCAUAAACGGCCUGCACACAAGUGCGACCGAGAACUACAACAAGCCUGGCCACCCGGGGUGGGAGGUGUACCCCUUCGACUCUGUCGAAUUUAAAACGGUCUGCUCCCGGGCUGGAGUCACAAUGUCGCCAAUCUCGUAG